CGGACUCAUUUCAAUCAGUCAAGCAUUAUUUGGGGUCUUAUGUGAACCCUUUAUUGGAAGAAACACGAGCUGAACUGCACUCAACCAUGGAAAUCCUAUAUGGAGCGCCUUUCGCUGAGGUAACAGCUUUCGAAGAAGCUAAACCAUAUGGGAAAAACAAGUAUAAACUUGGAGUUAAUGACUGGAGAAACAAACACAGCAAAGGUGGCAAGGAGCCUUACAGGACUUUGCCUGGAGAUUAUUUGUCUUAGCAAAUGGCAAACCAGAAACUGUUUAUGAUCUCCAAAGGGUAGGAAGAUCUUGGUCUUUCCUAUCACUCAUUGAUCUCAUUGGCGAUGAUAGUACGACAUUCACAGUGAAGUCAUCAGCAGAGCUUAGACAUGACAUUCAUAAGAAGCCACUGUUCAUCGUUUUCUUGGCAAAUUUGACCCCUCUCAAAAGAAUAUGGGAAGCACUGCACAUGUCGUGCAAUGUGGAGUUUCUAGAUAAAGUUCUAUGCAUUGAUUCUGAGGCUAAGAGAGAGUACUGCGAUGGCUGUUUCAGAUUAAGUAAUGGAAUAUGGGAUGAAAAAUUGGUUAAGAAGUUACCUUUUGAGCUGAAUAUGUCCCAGACCAAAGCAGCUCUCUCUUGUCUUCAUAUGAUGGAUUGCAGGAGAAGAUCUUCUUUGGAACUUAUAUGGGGUCCCCCGGGGACAGGGAAAACGAAAACUACCAGUACUCUUCUUGUCACCCUAUUGAGAAUGAACUAUAAAACUCUUGUGUGUGCUCCCACGAAUGUUGCAAUCACUGAAGUAGCAUCUCGUGUUCUGAAGAUGGUAUUGGAUACAUGUGGUGAUGGCCCGUUCUGUUCGUUGGGAAAUAUUCUUCUUUUUGGCACCAAGGAGAGACUGAACAUUGGUUCAGAUCUGAAAGUUAUAUACAUGGAUGAUCGAGUUGAAAAGCUUGAAAAGUGCUUCAGAUCAUUUGGUUGGAGACAUAGCUUGACUUCCAUGAUAGAUCUUCUUGAAAAUUCUGUUUCUCAGUACAAUAACAUUUUGGAAAGUGAGUCAACCAAAGACAGAAAUGGUUGUGAAGUUGGCAAGAAAAAAGUUCCAGCAUUUCUUCAGUAUGUGAGAGAAACAUUUAACAUGGCUUUUUCAGAACUCAAAGAGUACUUCUCUAUCAUCUGUACACAUACAGCGAAGAAUUACAUUUCGGGGAAACUAUUUCAGCAUAUGGUCUCCCUUGUUGGCUCACUUGUUUCUUUUCAGUCAUUGCUAUGCAAAGAGAGAGUGGUUUCUGAAGUAGUGGAAAAACUAUUUUCUUGUGCAGAAGUAAAUGAUGCUGAUGAUAUAUCAUUGAGGCUCAGUAUGAAGAGAAAGGAAUGUGUUUCAAGUAUGAGAGCUCUUCGCGAUUCCCUUAACAGGCUCGACUUUUCUUGGUUUAAGGACGAAAAAACAAUAAGGAGAUUCUGUUUGGAAAAUGCUUCACUAAUUCUUUGUACUGUAUCAAGUUCUUAUAAGCUGCAUCGUUUGAAAAUUAAGCCAGGGAUUUUGAUCAUUGAUGAAGCUGCACAACUGAAGGAGUGUGAAUCAACCAUACCUCUUCAACUUCCUGGUGUAAAGCAUGCUAUUCUUGUUGGUGAUGAAUGGCAAUUACCAGCAACUGUCAAAAGCAAAGUUUCUGAGAAAGCUGGCUUCGGAAGAAGUUUGUUUGAAAGGCUGAGUUCACAAAAUCAUCCAAAGCAACUCCUUAAUAUGCAAUACAGAAUGCAUCCAUCAAUAAGCAUGUUCCCAAAUUCACUGUUCUAUCGUAGCCAGCUAUUGGAUGCUGCUAGUGUUAAGAUGAAAAGCUAUGAAAGGAGUUAUCUUCCAGGUCCAAUGUUUGGUUCAUAUUCUUUUAUAAAUAUAAUUGGUGGAAGAGAGCAGAAGGAUGGCGAUGGACGCAGUCGAAAAAAUUUGGUUGAGGUAGCUGUUAUCAUGAGAAUACUACAAAAAUUGUACCAAGCCUGGUUUAAGUCCAAAUAUGAGCUCAGUAUCGGUAUUGUUUCUCCAUAUGCUGCUCAAGUGGUUGAAAUUCAAACCCAACUUGGGUUUAGGUACAAUGAAAAGAAUGGCUUUCAAGUAAAGGUGAAGACAAUUGAUGGCUUUCAGGGUGGGGAAGAGGACAUAAUAAUAAUGUCUACUGUACGCUGCAGUGGUUCUCAUUCACUGGAUUUCAUAUCCAAACCACAACGAAUUAAUGUUGCUCUAACAAGGGCCAGGCACUGCCUCUGGAUUUUGGGUGAGGAAAGAACUCUGGUUAAGAGUCUUACUGUUUGGACACCUAUUGUCAUUGAUGCAAAAAAUAGAAAAUGCUUCUUUAAUGCUGACAGAGAUGAUGAUUUGGCCAAGGCUAUAACAGAGGUCAAGAAAGAGUCUGGUCAAUUUGAUGAUAUGAUCCAUAAUGAUGGUAUACUUUUCAAGCGUUCAAAGUGGAAGGUUUUUUUCAGUGAAAACUUUCUAAAGUCGUUCAAAAACCUUGAAGUAGUUGAAGCGAAGAAACCAGUUAUUAAACUUUUACUUAAGCUUUCUGAUGGCUGGAGACCAAGGGGGUCUAGUGUAUCACUCUGUGCAAACUCUUUGCAAAUUAUGAGUCAUAAGGUUGAAGGUUUUUAUGUGGUCAGCACUGUUGGCAUAGCAAAAGAGCAUUCAGAAUACAUACAAGUUUUGAAGAUCUGGGAUUUGUUGCCUUAUCAAGAAAUUCCAACGUUAAAAAACCAGCUUGAUAUUGUUUUUGACAAGUACACAGAAGAAUUCAUCAACAAUUGCAAUGAAAGGUGCUUGGAAGGAAAAUUGGAAAUCCCAAAGAGUUGGCCGCUCUCUUCGAACAUUGGUUGGUUUGAGGAUCUCCAUAUGAUCCCAAUGAAAUUCUACUCCCUGUCAAAUUGUGUAGUGAAUCACAUGCUAUCUGACCGCGAUGGUAGAGAACUGGAUCUCCCUUUUGAAGUACCAGACCAAGAAAGAGAGAUCAUCCUUUUCCCUACAAGUACAUUUGUAUUGGGACGGUCAGGUACUGGAAAAACUACUGUUUUAUCAAUGAAGUUGUUCCAAAAAGAAUAUAUGCAUCGCCUGAAAAUGGAAGGACUUUAUGGAGCGAAAAGAAAUAGGAUUCGAAAUGUUGAUAAAAAGAAUGUUGUUUUUCGCCAGCUUUUUGUGACAGCAACUCCUAAGCUUUGUGAUACUGUCAAGAAAUGCAUUUCCUACUUGAGAAGUGGUAGUCCUUCAGCUGAAAGUGGUCUGAUUGAUGAGGAGAAUAUUGAUAAUGAAGACUCAGGAUUAAAUAACAUCCCAGACUCCUUUCAUGGCAUUCCCCUUAAUUCAUAUCCUCUUGUCAUAACAUUCCAUAAGUUCUUGAUGAUGCUUGAUGGAACACUGAGAAAAUCUUAUUUCCAAAGAUUCCUUGACAUAGAUGAAGUUUCUCAGUGUCAAAUACCCAAUUCAAGAUCAAAUAUAUUUCAUUCCUUGUUAAGGACCAAGGAAGUGGAUUAUAAGAGAUUUUGUUCACAGUAUUGGCCUUCUUUUGAUUCCCAAUUAACGAAAAAGCUCGAUCCUUCUUGUGUCUUUACUCAGAUAGUUUCUCAUAUCAAAGGCAGCCUGCAAGCCUUGGAAACAAAUGAUGGUAAACUCACAAGGAAGAACUAUGUUAUGUUGUCAAAUGGAUGUGGCUCUAGUUUAAGGACGAAGGAAAGAGAGAUGGUAUAUGAUAUAUUUCAGAUUUAUGAAAAACUGAAGUUGGAAAGUGGUGAAUUUGAUUUGGCUGAUUUUGUAAAUGAUCUUCAUUUUCGACUCAGACAACAAGGAUAUGGUGGUGACAAAAUGAAUUUUGUGUAUAUUGAUGAGGUGCAAGACCUCACAAUGAGUCAAGUUGCUUUGUUCAAGCAUGUAUGCAGUAACUUGGAAGAGGGUUUUGUUUUCUCUGGAGAUGUUGCAAAACCAGCUGCUGGGGGAAUCGGUUGCAGGAUUCAAGAUAUGCGAUCUGUUAUUUGUAACAAGUUUUUUUUGAAGCCCAUGAUGAACAUGAAAGGAAAAGGAGGACAUAUCACCAACAUGUUUAGUUUGACUCGAAACUUUCGUAGCCAUGGUGGUAUUCUAAAACUAUCAGAAAGUGUUAUUGAACUGAUGUAUCGUUUCUUCCCUCUAUCUAUUGAUAUUAUUGAUCAUGACACCUAUAUGGUCCCUGGUGAGGCUCCAAUUUUACUUCAAUCUGAGAAGAGUGAAAAUGCAAUCAUAAAACUUUUUGGGAAAGGUGACAGCUUAAGCAAAAAUGUCAAUGGUUUUGGUGCGGAGCAGGCAAUUUUGGUCAGAGAUGAAACCGCUCGACAAAGUAUACAGGACAUUGUUGGAAAGCAAGCUCUUAUCAUAACAAUACUUGAAUGCAAGGACUUAGAGUUUCAGGAUGUACUGUUGUACAACUUUUUUGGAUCGUCCCCUCUUAGAAUGCAGUGGAGUCUUAUAUAUAAAUACAUGAAUGAGCAAGAUCUGUUAGACUCCACAUCACUGCAUUUUCCUCUUUUCAACGAGAGCAAACACAGGAUUUUGUUGGCUGAGCUGAAACAAUUACAUGCUGCCAUUUCUUGCACAAAGAAUAGGCUGUGGAUUUGUGAUGACACAGAAUUUUCCAAACCUAUGUUUGACUAUUGGAUGAAGAAGAGCCUUGUGCAAGUUCAGCAGCUGGACGAUUCACUUGCUCUGUCAAUGCAAGGCCCAAGCAGUCCACAAGAGUGGAAAUGGAGGGGUCUAAAGAGCUCAGCUGCUCCUUCAAUGGCGACAGACAACUCUCCUUCUUCAGUUAGCCAACAAACCCCAAUCUCUUCCCCCAUUACUGCUCCCACUGAAGACCCUACCUCUUCUUUUUCUCCACAGCUCAGUUUUCCUUCUCUCAACCCGUCUUUUACUGUCAAACUUGAUUCUGAGAAUUACAUGAUUUGGAAAAAUCAAAUACUCAAUGUGGUUAUGGCUCAAGGUUUGGAAGACUAUCUUGAUGGUUCUAUCUCGGAGCCUGUUCGUUUUCUUGACCCACCCCUCAAUACUUCCCCUAACCCUCUUUACAAUACCUGGCAACGAUGCAAUCGCCUCCUCAUGUCUUGGCUUUAUGCAUCCCUCACUGAUGAUAUGCUUGCUCACAUUGUCUCUUACACUACUGCUGCCGAAAUCUGGGUUUCCUUGGCUGAAUAUUUCGAGGCGGUCACCAUGGCUCACCUCGGCGAUCUUCGCACUGCUUUGCAAAGCCUCAAGAAGAACAACCUAUCGAUUACUGCUUACAUUCAGAAAUUGAAGACCAUCUGCAAUCGCCUUGCUGCGAUUGGUGAGCCAGUAUCCCGUAACGACCAUAUUAUUGCCCUUCUUGGUGGUCUUGGUAGGGAUUAUAACCCAUUUGUUACUUCCUUUAAAAUGCGUACUGAUAAACCCUCUCUUGCAACUAUUCAUAGUCUUCUCAUUAGUUUUGAUGCCAUGCUCCAAUCUCAAAAUGCCCUUGAUCAGUUGGAUCUGACUCACGCACAUCUCACCCAUACCAAUCGUCCUAAACGCCCAUUUUAUUCCCCCAAACCCCCUGCUUCUACACCGCCCUCUUCUCCUUUUGUUCCUCGCUCCCCUGCCCUAGCUGCGGGUGUCUUGGGCAAACCUCCUGGCCCUCCUGGUGCCUGGCGUCCCUCUCACCCAUCGUCUACUCAACCCCAAUGUCAGAUUUGUGGCAACUUUGGCCAUACUGCUCUGGUGUGCUACCACCGAGCCAAUUUUUCUUACCAACCAUCUCCUUCCCCAACUAAUCUCAAUACAUUUCUUCCCUCCUCUGAGUACUAUACAUUACAACAGCCUCCCACCCCAUCUGCCCUGGUUUCAUCUAAGUCGCCUCACUACAAGAAUAAAGGCUAUUUGCGACGGACAUGGGAGUCCGCCGCUAAUAAUAGUAAGUAUUUAAAAAAAUAUUAAAAAAUAUAUUAGCCUCUCCAGUCCUAACGCCGACUCCAUCUCGAACUGCUCUCUCCCUAACACGGAGCCUCUCCAGUCCCUCACGCUGGUUCGCCAUAAACACGCGAACCCAAUUGCCUCUUCUCUACGCUUAAACCCAGUAAACGACAACUAGUGACCUACGCCGAUUGGCCUCCUUCGCCACUGACCCAUACCUCUCAGGCAUUUCAUUGCUGGUUUAGCUUCUGAGUUUGCUAUCAAAGAUUUGGGCGACUUACACUAUUUCUUGGGCAUUGAAGUCUAUCGUGAUCCUACUGGUCUUCAUCUCAGUCAGUCCAAAUAUAUUUUGGAUCUUCUUGCCCGGGCUGCCUUCUCCGACUCGAAACCAGCUGCUACCCCCAUGUCAACUGCUCACGUUCUUUCUCUCCACUCUGGGGUACCUCUUCCUGAUGGUUCUGAGUAUCGUUCUAUUGUCGGAGCACUCCAAUAUUGCACCUCAACCAGACCUGAUAUUGCUUUUAGUGUUAACAAGGCUUGUCAGUUUAUGCACUCUCCUACGGAUUCCCACUGGCUCGCUGUCAAGCGUAUUCUCCGUUAUCUGUCUGGCACUGUUGACUAUGGUUUGUCCUAUCAACUGUCUGCUGAUUCCUCUGAGCUUUGUUACACUGAUGCUGACUGGGCCUCUGUCCGGAUGAUCGCUCGAGUACUAGUGCGUUCUGCAUCUUCCAUGGUUUGAAUCUUGUUUCCUGGUCCUCCAGCAAGCAGCGUGUUGUUUCUCGUUCUAGUACUGAGUCUGAGUAUAGUAGCCUUGUAAAUGGUACGGCUGAACUCCUGUGGCUUCGAUCUUUGUUUUCUGAUUUGCGUUACACGCUUCCUUCUUCCCCCACCCUCCUUUGUGACAAUAUUGGUGCCAUUUACCUCAGCUUGAAUCCUGUUUUUCAUUCACGAACCAAACAUGUCGAGCUCGAUUACCACUUUGUGCGUGAAAAGGUUGCUGAUAAGUCCCUCAUUAUUCGCUACACGCCUUCUGCUGAGCAGCUAGCUGAUGCUCUCACUAAGCCCCUUGCUACUCCUCGUUUUGUUUCUCUUCGAUCCAAGCUCACCGUCCUGCCUAGACCGCUGAGCUUGAGGGGGGCUGUUAAGCCAAAUUAAGUAUCAUUAUAUUUAUACUUAACUUUACUUAAUUAAUAUGUAAAUGGUAGUGUAUAGGGUACACGUGUCCUUUUGGUUUACACUGUACAGAUACUUUGUAUAUAUAGUCUGUCUUGUACCUUUCGCUCCUUGAGCAGUAACAUUCUUCAAUAACAGAAUUUAUACAAUUUCUCAUUCUCUUCUCUGAUCUUCACACUACAGCUGACCGUAUGCGUGCUUCCAAUCCUGAAGUAGCUAAAUCUCUCUUUCGAGAAGCUGCUGAGAUAUUCCAAACGGCAUAAUUUAUUUGGACAAGUUUGGCGAGUUUGGGUUGCAGAGAGCUGGGGAAUGCUUCUCCCUGGCAGGUCAUUACCAGCAAGCUGCUGAUGCCUAUGCCAAGGGAAAUUUGUUCUCAGAGUGUCUGAAAGUCUGUGCCAAAGGACUCUUAUUUGAAAAGAGUUUGGAAUACAUACAAUCCUGGAAACAGCAAGUCAAACAAGGCUUUGGUGUGACUGGUAGAGGCACAGAAAUAGAAAAAACUAAACAAGAAUUCUUGGAGAGUUGUGCUCUGUACUAUUAUAAGCUUGAAAACAAAAAAUCUAUGAUGAGAUUUGUUGAAGCUUUUAAUUCCAUGAAUUCAAUCCGUAAGUUCUUGCAGUCAUUGGGUUGUUUUGAUGAGCUUAUGUCAUUGGAAGAAAGAUCAGGAAAUUUUGUGGAAGCUGCAGAAAUUGCAAAGCUCAGAGGAGAUAUACUAGCUGCAAUAGAUCUUUUUGAGAAAGCUGGGAAAUUUAAAGAAGCAGCAACACUUAUUCUUUCCCAUGUUCUUUCCAACUCACUCUGGU